AUGUCAUUUCUACAGAACUUUCAUCUGAGCCCAGGCCAGACGAUACGGUCCACGCGGGGGUUCAAAUGGAACACGGCCAAACAGCAAGACGGCGGUGGGUAUGGCGCAGGGAGCGGGCACCUGACGGCUGGCGGCGGGACCGGCACAUUACUCGGGGCGCAUGCAAUCACGUCCACUGCGGUGGAAGCGAGCCCUGGCGGGCUGUUUACGACGCCGCAAAAGCCCACGAUGUCGCAGCCCAUCACCGACUUCAACUACACGCCCUCGCACCAGAAGCCGUACAUCGUUCAGUCGCCGGGCACGGUGGUGACCUCGCACAAGGACAUCAAGCAGAUCGUGGAGACGACGUUGGGCUCAGAGGGCGUGUUGAACCAGGCGGUAAAACUGCCCAAGGGCGAGAACCUGGACGAGUGGAUCGCAGUGCACUGUGUGGACUUCUACAACCAGAUCAACAUGCUAUACGGUUCAAUAACGGAGUUUUGCUCGCCGCAGACCUGUCCGCGGAUGAUAGCGACGAACGAGUACGAGUACCUGUGGAACGUCUACCCCGGGAACCCGCCGGUGUCGGUGGCGGCGCCGAAGUACGUGGAAUACCUGAUGAACUGGUGCCAGCAGCAGUUCGAUAACGAGGAUCUCUUCCCGGCCAAAACAAACGUCCCUCUCAAGAACGGCUUCAACGACAAGAUCGCGAAGCCGAUCCUCAAGCGGCUGUUCCGUGUUUACGCACACAUAUAUUGUCAUCACUUCAACGAGAUCCUCGAGCUCAACCUGCAGACGGUACUCAACACCAGUUUCCGUCAUUUCUGCCUGUUCUCCGAGGAGUUCCACAUGCUGAAGCCUUCAGACUAUGGUCCUUUGUUGGAGCUAGUAGAGGAGUUCAAGGAUAGAUAA